AUGAAAAAAAUAUUAAGAGAAGAUUUUUCAGAAAUUGAUACAAAAGACUUUGAAGCAUCUGACAUGUGGUUUAGAGAUAUGGACGAAACACCAGUAUUUUUUGAUAUGGUAGGAAAUACUACUAUUGAAGUAAAAGGAACUAUAGGAAAUAAUAAAAAUCG